GGAGGGAAGGAAGGAGGCAGGGAAGGAGCCGCCGCUGAGUGAACAAACGCGCGGAGGGGAAGCAGCCGGGUCACCGCAGGCUGGGGCGUCCUCGGCUCCUCGUCUCCUCCUUCUCUUCCUCCCCACGCCGCGCCCCCCGCCUUCCCCUCCCUCCGCCCCGCGCCCCGAGGGACUGCAGCUGCGGGCGGCUCCAGCUGCCCCAGAUGUGGGCUGGGCGGCUCGCGGGCAACUUUAGCGCGGCUCCGCGUGCGGGGCUCGGGCUGCGGUUCGGCGGCCAUGGAUCUGCCAGCGGGAGCCGCUCGCCUCCUGCUCUACUGGGCGCUGUUGCUGCUGCCGUCACUGCCCACGGGCGCCCUGAGCGGCUCCGGCCCGCGAGGUCCACUUUUGGGAAACAUAGAGGAGUAUAGACUUGUCAUCCCAACCAGCACAGAUGCAGAGGGCAAGUUCUUAUCACAUUUGGUGUCUGGAGCUGGUAAAGGUCGAUCCCGAAGGGAUGUUGGGGACUUGCCCAGGGAGGAUGCCAACGAGCAGAUAUUUUACAACGUCACUGUGUUUGGAAGAGACUUCCACUUCAGGCUGCGGCGGAACUCCCGGCUUGUGGCCCCGGGUGCGACUGUUGAAUGGCAGGAAGAUUCCCGUGAGACUCGAGUAGAGCCACUCUUGGGGAACUGCCUCUAUGUGGGUGGCAUCACUGGUCUGCCCAAUGCUUCUGUCGCUAUCAGUAACUGUGAUGGGCUGGCUGGCAUGAUCCGCACAGACAAAGACGAAUUCUUCAUUGAACCUCUGGAGAAGGGAAUGUCAGAGGAGAAUGAUGGCAGGAUGCAUGUGGUCUAUCGCAGGCCCCCAUCUCCAAAGCUCCUUCUCAAUGACAGCAGGGAAACUGUGUAUUCAGGGGCAGACCUGAGAGGCCUGGAUAACCUCAGCAGUAUGCUUGGCCUUGUUGAAGACCGAAUCAAUGGCUCCAGGAGACGGUCUCGAAGGCAUGCCACCGAUGAUGACUACAACAUUGAGGUUCUCCUGGGUGUUGAUGACUCUGUGGUUCAGUUUCAUGGGAAGGAACACGUCCAGAAGUACCUUCUCACCCUCAUGAAUAUUGUUAACGAAAUCUAUCACGAUGAGUCAUUGGGAGCCCACAUCAAUGUCGUUCUGGUGCGGAUAAUCCUGUUGAGUUAUGGAAAGUCCAUGAGCCUCAUAGAGAUCGGGAACCCUUCCCAGAGCUUGGAGAACGUGUGUCACUGGGCCUUUCUCCAACGGAAAUCAGAUACAAGCCAGGCGGAGUCUCACGACCAUGCCAUCUUUCUCACCAGACAGGACUUUGGCCCAUCAGGGAUGCAAGGCUAUGCCCCGGUCACUGGAAUGUGCCAUCCCGUCCGCAGCUGUACCCUGAACCAUGAAGAUGGAUUUUCCUCUGCCUUCGUGGUAGCCCACGAGACUGGUCACGUCUUAGGGAUGGAGCAUGAUGGCCAGGGCAACAGAUGUGGUGAUGAGGUGAGGAUGGGCAGCAUCAUGGCUCCCCUGGUCCAAGCUGCCUUCCACCGUUUCCACUGGUCCCGAUGCAGCCAACAGGAGCUGAAUCGCUACCUCCACUCCUACGACUGCCUCCGAGACGACCCCUUUGAACAGGACUGGCCGGCUCUGCCCCAGCUGCCGGGAAUUCACUACUCCAUGAACGAGCAGUGUCGCUUUGAUUUCGGACUUGGCUAUAUGAUGUGCACGGCGUUCCGGACCUUUGAUCCUUGCAAGCAGCUGUGGUGCAGCCACCCUGACAACCCCUAUUUCUGUAAAACCAAGAAGGGGCCACCUCUGGAUGGGACCAUGUGCGCUCCGGGGAAGCACUGCUUUAAAGGCCAUUGUAUCUGGCUGACCCCAGAUAUCUUGAAACGGGAUGGAAAUUGGGGUGCAUGGAGCAAGUUUGGCUCCUGUUCCAGGACCUGCGGCACUGGUGUGAAAUUCAGAACCCGCCAAUGUGACAACCCACACCCAGCCAAUGGAGGCCGUUCAUGUGUGGGGCUCAGCUAUGAGUUCCAGCUAUGCAACACGCAGGAUUGCCCCAAUGCCCUGGAUGACUUCCGAGAGGAGCAAUGCCGUCAAUGGGAUCUCUACUUUGAACACGGAAAUGCCCAGCACCACUGGCUACCCCAUGAGCACAAGGAGGCCAAGGAAAGAUGCCAUCUCUACUGCCAAUCAAAAGAAACCGGAGAAGUGGUAUCCAUGAAGCGAAUGGUACAUGAUGGGACCCAUUGCUCCUAUAAGGAUCCUUACAGCCUUUGUGUACGUGGAGACUGUUUGAAAGUUGGCUGUGACCGGGUGAUUGGCUCAACCAAACAAGAAGACAAAUGUGGUGUGUGUGGAGGAGAUAACUCACACUGCAAAGUAAUCAAAGGGACAUUCACAAGAUUACCUAAGAAACAAGGUUACAUCAAGAUGUUUGAAAUCCCAGCUGGGGCAAGACACUUGCUCAUACAGGAAACAGAUGCUACUCAUCACAGCCUGGCCAUCAAGAACCAAGAGACGGGGAAGUUUGUUUUGAAUGAGGAAAACUUGGUUCCUGAUUCCAAGGUCUUCAUUGACAUGGGUGUGGAAUGGGAAUACCGAAAUGACGACGAUCGAGAAACUGUCCAGACGAUGGGCCCUCUGUAUGGUGCCAUAACAGUACUGGUCACUCCUCAUGGUGAUGCCAAGAUCUCUCUGACCUACAAGUACAUGAUCCACGAGGAUUCCCUGAAUGUUGACAACAACAAUGUUGUAGAAGACUCUGUGAGCCAUGAGUGGGCCCUGAAGAAAUGGACUCAGUGUUCCAAGCCCUGCGGUGGAGGUUUCCAGCUUACCAGAUAUGGCUGUCGAAGGAAACUUGACCACAAAAUGGUGCAUCGAAGUAGUUGUGACUCCAUUGCAAAGCCUAAGCCCAUUCGCAGAACAUGCAACCUUCAGGAGUGUUCUCAGCCAGUGUGGGUCACCGGAGAAUGGGAGCCAUGCAGCAAAAGCUGUGGAAAAACCGGUUACCAGAUCCGCUCGGUCCGCUGUGUCCAACCCCUGCACGACAACACCAAUCGCUCUGUCCACACCAAACACUGCAACGAGGCCCGACCAGAGGGCAGGCGGGCUUGUAACCGGGACCUCUGCCCUGGAGAGUGGAGAAUCGGGCCCUGGUCCCAGUGUUCAGUGAGCUGUGGCAAUGGCACUCAGGAACGACAGGUCCUGUGCCGGACCCAGGACGGUACCAUUGGCUCCUGUCGGGAGGAGCGGCCUGAGACAGCCAGGACGUGCAGGCUCUCCAUAUGCCCCCGAAACAUCUCUGAUCCUUCCAAGAAGAGUUACCUCAUCCAGUGGCUGUCACGUCCAGACCCUGACUAUCCAAUCCAGAAAAUCUCGUCAAAAGAACACUGUCAAGGGGACAAGUCAAUGUUCUGCCGUUUGGAAGUCCUGUCUCGAUACUGCUCCAUCCCAGGCUAUAACCAACUGUGUUGUAAGUCCUGUAACCUCUACAAUAACAUCACAGUGGACAACGGGACCGAGCCAACCCCUGGAAGAAACAACGACAUUGAGGCGCUGCUCCCAACGCUCCCAACACCUCCAGCGGUACAUCCGUCUCUGGCACGCCCCCCAGGGACUCCCACUAGUGCCUCGGGUUCCAAUAUCACGGAGGAGGAACUUCCGGACAUCAAUGCUGUGGACGCGCCCUAUGAGGUUCAAGGCCCAGAUGAGGACGUCCAGCAGCCCAAUCUCAUCCCCCAUCGAAGGACCCCGUAUGAGAAGACCAAGAACCAGAGGAUCCAAGAGCUCAUUGCUGAGAAAUGGAAGAGAGAGAUGCUCGGGAGGUUCUAAUAAAUCAGAAAGAUGCCGUCGGUAGCAUAUUUUUUCCUCUUGGAGAGAUGUAACUGGCAGCAUAGUAAUAAUGCCCAUCCUAGAAAUGAGGGGGAGUGGUGCUAUGGCAAAAGUGCCCAAUUCUAAAAGACUGAAAAAGAGAGAGAUGGUGGCAGAGGUGCAAUGGCCAGGUUGGUUUCCAUGAUCGUGGGGAAUGCAGUCAGAGAAACCUCCCAGUUAGUUAUCUGACAUUCGUAUGGGUCUAGCAAAGCACACAGAGCCUGGGGAUACCCUUGGGAGGCUGCUGUUUAAACAUGACAUUCACCAGCCUUUAACAGAAUGGAAAGAAAAUCAAGAGAAAAUAGAGCUGAGUUAGAGGGGUUCUUGGAAAGAAUCCCAGGCUGUAAAAAUUCCACUACAGAGAGAACAGAGCUGCCCCUAGGCCCAAUAGCAUUCCCUUAGUUCUUGAUCUCGGGAUUAGGCAGCCCCUGAAAUGCCUCACCAAAUUUUCUUUCCAUUUGGGUUUCAUCUUGGGAGAGGUGUAGACACAUUUGAGAGGCAAUGAUGGAUCACUGGGUCCCUAUAUUUAGAGAUGGAAGGGGUCCUAGAGAUUAUCUGUUCCAUCCCGUACAAUGUAUAGAUGAUAAAACUGAAGAUCAGAGAAGAUGAGUAACUUAUCCAAGGCCACAUAACUUGGAAGUAGCAAAGACAAGAUUCAAAGCUAGGUUCACUAACUCCAAACCAAUACCAUCUCUAAUCAGCAAGUGGCAAUUUGUUUUUUAAACACACACACACACACACACACACACACACGGGUUCAUAGAUUGAUGGAGAAAAGAAUUGUCCCUUCCCCAUGGCAGUUUCCUUACCAACCUCCCUACAGUGAUGACCCCUUGUCAUCCAGCCCUAACAGAGCCAGCAAAGGGAGAAGUAUAAAAACCCUUUACCUGCUAUUCCAGGGUAAGAUCUCUCCACUAAGCCUCAGAGGACCAGGGCAGUGGUACCCUUUGUGAACUGCUGACGGCAGGGCAGAAGCCCAAGUAGAAAAAAAUAAAUCUUGGUGAAAGUUCCAAUGGAUACCCAUACUAAACAGCACUAGACUGGGGGUCUUUGGGAUAGGCAGGGAAGAGAGUGUGUACAGAAGGGUUCGAAUAGGAUGUCAUAGAAUGUUAGAGUAGAGAUCAAGAGCUUAAAGGUCAUUUGAUCACAUGGCUUUACACCUGAGGAAACAGGGCCAUAGUGGAAGGGACUUGCCGGAGGUCACUCAGCUAGCUAGUGGCAAAGCCAGGACUAACAUGCUGGUUUCCUCACUGCCAUUUCAAUACAGAAUAUCCCCUAUUCACUACAUUCUCUUCUGCUAUUUGGGGUUAACCCUCUGGAACACUAAGACAAAGGCAAAUGGAGAUACUGUAUUUUGCUAGCCAAGACUCAGAGUCCUACAAGAUGUGAUUUUACUGGAGACCAAUGUAUCCCAGCUUCCUUUGUUAGGGUGUGCACAGAGACUGUUCAAAGAUGAGGAUGGUAUGAGAACCACCCCAAUUCUGGUCUCCACUCCUAAAUAAGAACCCAUCUAGGUCUCCUCCAUUAGCUUUAAUGGUCCAUAAAUAUCCAUAGAGUAGCUAUUUGCCCCAGCCUCCCCCAAAGUUAUGCAUUCCAGCUUUUAUGGCAAAGGGGAAGGAAGAGUAAGUUUGGUAAUUCUCUUAUUUUGUCUUUUUCUAGAUCCCUUGUUGGGGAGUAUGACUAGAUACAUCCAGUUUACAAAUCAAUGGUGCUUUAUCAACAGAAAAAAUAUGUGCCGAGACCUUUGUCUUCCAUCAGUGGUGGGGGUCAGGAACUGCCCUUUCAAACAAGGGCAUCCUUCUCAUGCCCACCUUUUUGCUCAGGGGAGGCUGGGUCAUUUAUCCUGAUUAUGUGAUCCAUGUCUGCCCAAGGUGGCCCCUGAUGACAGACUUUUUCUUUGGUCCUUUCCCCCACCUUCAGGUACCCUAAUGGGGGCAUAGUUCAAGGCACUCUGACAGCUGCCUCCAUCUUACUUUCAACAUUCCAUAUAACGGUAGCUCUGGGAGCCAGAUCCCUGGAAGGGAAGACCCCAAGUUUGCCCCAACACUUACAGAUUAACUGAGACACUUAUUUCCUUAACUGGAUAAGUGGGUGGCAAAGCUCUGGGGAGAAGAGGUUGAAAUGUUUAGAGUGAAAAGAAAAAGUGGAAGAAUUUCUUGGCAUUAAUGCUAAAAGAGUUUAUUGUUUAAACAGAGGGAAAAAUAGUCAUAGAAUAUGCCCCCUCCUGGAGAGAGGCCAUAGUUAUUCUUGCUUUUUGUCAUGUGAUGAAGAGUUAACAGUGGACCAUUGCAUUGAUUCUGUCCUGCUCCAGAUUCUGGAUAACACAAUUUGGGAUCAUUGGGAACAAGGCUCUUUUCCUUUGUCUUUAGUGUGUCCUAACAGAGCUCACUUCUGUAAAGCUGUUUUCAGGCCUGCUCAUGUAGUUGUUAGUUGCCAUGGCCCUUAGGGAUGGAGGGAUCCUUUGAAAGCUCCAAUUUUUAUUGCAUUGAAAUUAUUUUUUAAAUGAAGCUUAAUUCCCUCCCAAAACCUACAGAAUUGUUUUCUUGCUGGACAAUGAGUAUCUUCAAAUGAACUCAGCUCUAUACAUUCUAACAGUCACUUCUAAGAAAAUGAGGGACAGGGCCUGGGGUUUCAGGAAGAAUCACUGGGUCUGCUCCUUCUCUUCAUCCAGGAAUACCACCAGUUGAAGCCUAGUAAGUUUCCUUCAGUCUAAGCUGUGUCUAGUGACUACUUCUAACUGCCCAUCUUCCUGCUUUGGGAAAAAAGAAAUCAAAGACUCUUAGUACUUGGGCAGUGCUGCACAGCAGAAAGAGGUGUCUCUGGUCACUGACCUCUUCCUGUGUUGUCUAUCAGAGGGAAAACAAAGAAACUCAAAUUUUCAAGAAACCUCACAAGAUUGGACCUGGCCCUUGCCUUCUGGCAGGUCAUAGUAUGAAACCUACUUUACUGAUGAGUCAGUAAUCAUCCAUUUACGUUGCUCUUUAUAUUCUCAUUUCAUCCUCGCUCUCUCUUUGAGAAGUAGAUAGUACAAUUCUUAUUCUUUCCAUUUUACUCAUUGGGAAAGUGAGACCCAGAAGCAGGAAGUGGUUUGUUCAAAGUCACAUCAGCAGAGUCAGGAUUCAAACCCAGAUACUCCCACUCCAUUUCUAGCACUCUUUCUCCCAGAGGUCUCAGGGAGAGAGGUUAAGUGACUACCUGAGGCCAAGUGCACCCAGAUGACCAUUUAGGGUCUAUUCUGAGGAACAAUGCGUAAACUUAGAGAAUGCUAUAAACAAAAUGGGCAGCUGGAUCAAUGCUGGACUUUUCCAUUAGGGAAAACACUGGUAGGCUCUUUCCCUAGCAUCUCUCCCUGAAUUGAGACCUUUGGCAUUGCAUGUGUUACCCAGUGUGAGCAACGCUGCUCACAUCCAGGGGUGCCAGGAGGAUAGCCUGCCCAUUUUAUGAGAUCAGAGAAAGUAGAGACUAUGUCUUUUUAAAUGAGGGAAAGUGUAUUUGUUGGUAAGAGAGUCAUAUCAAUGGGAUAGGAAAUCUAGGAAUCUUGCUGACAUAUUAGAAGCCUAAUAGUGUUUAAGAACCAGGAAAAUUACUAUUUAGGGUAAAAGGAAGGAUUUCUUUUUAAAAAAAGAAUACUAGCGAUACAUUGGGAAGCAUUUUCUAUUGCAUUUUUCUAUUUUAAAAGCAAUAUUUAUAGUCUUCAACUCAAAACAUCUCCAAAAGUAAGUUCCCCAUCUCAGUGCCAUUUAUUUUGGUUGCCAAAAAAAAAAAA